AUGGCUCCGACAUUCGGGAUUGUCGGGUCUUUAGCCGAGUUGUAUCCGCCAUCGAAGCAGACAGUUCCAGAGUCCUCCGCCAGCUUUUGGAAGGCGCGCAAAGUUCAGCAGAGAUGGCUGUUAAACUCGCACCCCGAAGCCUUUCUAGGUGGCGCUACAGAUUUGGAAGAUCUUCUCAAGGAGAAUAUGGACCGCUUCGAGAAAUCGGGAGACGGCGACACUGGCGGACCUCUUCUCGCGGUCGGUGAGAUGUCUGACCGGAGACAGCCCUCCGGCAUUAAAGGAGUACCGGUGCUGGCAGUGGCCACGGGAAAAUCUGGUUCCCAGCUACGGCUGACGAGGAUGGAAAAGUCCCAGUGGCGGUGGGAAGAGGGGAAAGAUGCGACUCUCAAUCUCUCAGUCAUUGACUUUACUCACCAGGAGGAGGAGUCGAUAUGGACGGGUGACGGUUUACCCAUUACGAAGAUCAAGUUCGCCACGUCGUACUGGCAAUCUGGACCAGCGCGAUGGCUCCUGGUUCAAAGCCAAACUUCUGUGACCGUUCUACGUCCCGAGUACCACCCAAGUCCAUUGCCAGACAGCAGUAGAUCGGGUCCUCCGUCACAGCCGCCGUCCUAUAUUACGCCAAAUCCCUUAAUCACACUACAUCACCAUCAAACGGGCGGUAACACUUUCUCUGAUGUUUGCUUUGAUCCGACACCCAGUGGAUCUCUGCCGCAAAUAGCCGUCAUUGACGAGUGUGGUUACUGGAGUGUUUGGCGUCUACAAGGUGCUUGGCAAGUAGCCAAGAAGACGGUGCGGCUAUCUUUGUACAAGUGUGGCCACAUAUGCGAGGGCGUCGUCGGCACGGUCCCGCGCGUUCCCGGGUUUCCCGCUCAGAGGCAUGGCAUGCUGCAAAUUGGACAGCCUGAUGAAGAAGGAUUGCCGAAUGUCACCAGCAAACGCGCUCUUAGUCAUUCACAACGUGUCUUGGUGUGGAACUCGGAACGCAUCUCUCUCCUGGACGUUGAGGCCGACUCCGUUCCGACUUAUUCAUACGUCCUCUCCUCGCAAUCAAGGGCGAAAUCAGGCCUCAUUCUGGACAUCCAGAGUAGCCCGAGUAACGAGAACCACGCCUUCGUCCUGACUACUCACCAGGUCAUCUGGUUAGAUUUACUUCCCGAGGCUGUAGAGCCCGGGACCAUCGCUCGGCCAAAAGCCUUACUCGCUUGCUCUCAUAUCGGUCUUUGGAAUGAAGGCUGCAACAUGUCCGUCUGUUCGGUGUCUGAAAAUCAGACGGAUGGCAGCAUGGUCUUGGUUUUUUCACCUUCCACGGAUCAGCUGACCGUGUACUGGUUUAACUUUUCUUCAGAGACGGAGCUCCCGCAGUGGCACCGUCACACCACUUCUCUGUCCGAACGAGGCAAAGCGCCAUCGCUCAGCAAAGCACAGACUAUAAGAGUACAGCCUGCAAAGCUUGACUUAUCAGCCGUAGGAGACGAAUCUGGGCCAGGAACGAAAUAUGCCCGUGCAGGCAUCAAAUUCUACCAGGUCACUAUUCUUGACGAAGACUUGGCUGUGCGAUACUGCAUAUGCGCCACCUCUAUUGACCCGUCGUUGGAGGUGAGCCUGCCUACAUCCCGUAUUGGUUGGUCCAAGUCAGAAAAUCGCCGACGUUGGAAGCGGAGGAGGAAGCGUCUCUUGAGCCACAUGGGGGAUAUCUUCGUGCUUCCAGACGGCAUGACGGACAAGGACUUGGAUUCUUUGCUUAAGCAGCAGAGAUCCAGGCCAGGCGACGAAAAUACCUCUGACGAGGUCGUAGUAAGCAAAGCUAGGCCUGUUUUAUUAAAACUUGACCCUCUAGCUCAAAAAAUUACGUCGCAACUACAAGCUACAAUUUCUCAAGGCGUGCGCGGUCUCCCGACGCACCUCGUUGAUGCCAUUCGCCGUGUGACAGAACGAGGUGUGGAGGAGGGCUCUUUUCCUCUGACAUCUUGGAUGGAGAUUGUAUCGACCCUCGAACAGCCGAUCAAUUACGGGGAUCCUAACGAAGGGAUGGAAGCCGAAAUCGAAGGGCUACUAGACAAUGCAGAUGAACAUGUGGCUGUGACGCAACUGAGAAGACGACACGCAGAUGAUCCACCCGGUUCUCUUCUCAGUUAUCCCUUCUUUAUCAAAGAACUUUCUGAGCUGUGGCUAGCGCCGGUAGCAGACUCUCUGCCAAAAGACAAGCAAGGGGUUCGGGAAAUCUGGGUGACGGAGAUUGCUAAGGAUAUGUUCUUGUCCAGCUACGGCGUCACGGUGCAGAAUGUCGCCCUCUUUGGACCGAGAGGUUCCGAAGCCGCGGAAAAGAGCCGGAUCAACCUGUUCCAGGCACGUUCUUCCAGUCAGUUACCGUGUUCCAGCCAGGCGAUGGCCCCAUCGUCGCAAGUAUCUGCUUCAGCCGAUGACGCUCCCGAUGCUGCCUUCCAGCGGCUGAAACUCCUCGCACCAACGAUCAAACAAGGGGCUCUAGGAUCGCUCAGGCCGCCAAAGAUUCUCUCCUACUGGCCUACGGAGCGUGGAGUCGCCACCGAAGACUACGUUUCUAGUAUUGUGUUGGCAACAGAGGAGAAGCUGUCCCUCGCCAAACGGCGUCUGCAGAGAAUCGAAACCAAGAGAAGGGCUCAAUCUGAAAAGUUCAAGCGUCCUGCGUUCAUGCGACAAGGCUUUCCAGCCAGCGACGGCCUCGGCGAAGAUUCUUCAACCAUGGGCAUGCGACCACCCCCAGUACAAGCAAUGUCCAGCCAGCAGCGCAUCCCAGACUCGUCGCCGUCCAUUGGCAUUAUGGGGCCGUCUGUGACAAUGAGUCAGCCCGUUUCGGGUGUUUUUGGAGAUAGAAAAAGGGUGAAGAAGGGGAAGAGGAGGAGCGGAUUCCGAUGA